CCUGCUAUCCCGUCUUGGAACAUUAAAAAUUCAUCAGCACAUCCGUCAAUGACAAGGACCCCAAAGUCGGAGGGAAUCGCCAACAACAGUGAGAGCGUGACUCGGUUCUCAAAAUGAUGCAUCGGGGGCUGGUGACCAUCGAGGAGGCUCUUCGAAACCAUGUGCACAACAUAUGCGGCCGUGUUCGCUCCAUGAUGGGGGAACAAGCGGAUUUCUACCCUUGGAAGAAGGGAAGCCGUCGACGCCAAGAACAGUACAUUCAACGUUUGUAUGUAGGCACACCUACCCGAAGAGCGUUGGCUCUCGUCAGUACAGCCGAUAAAGUCGUUCGCGAAACUAAGAUGGCACGGAUCUGGUUGUUGGACUUGCAGACCAUGUCGCUCAUGGCCCGCGCCAUCCAUACCACCAGCAAAUACAACAGCACAAUACGAGAGCCACAAGUCAAGGAGCUGCAACGUGAGCUGCUUAACAUCAUAGUUGAUAUGGAUUCCAUCAAUGGUAAGCGGCAGAGAAGUGAACUCGCGUUCCAACGGCAGAGGCUUUUCAAACUCGUCAAAGCCUUGCGACAAUUCGAAGACGGGCCCGGCUGGGACAGAUUUAAAGGCGUGGGCAAAAGUCCGCCACGCAUGCAGGGUAUUGCUGGAGGAAGCAAGCCGCCCUAUUUCCUUAGCUCUAAGAUAAGGGAACUGGAGACAACCCUCUUGGUGGCCGAGGUGCUGUCUACGGAGCUCAACGCGAGGGUCGCGCUUUUUCACACACCGCAGGUUGAGAGGGACGUCAUAAAAGGACUCAUCGAUCAGGGAUAUAAGUCAGACUUCGAACCGUUGCCGCGCAAUGUCGACACAGAUGUGUGGAAGCCUCCGCCGAUAUUCACAAACUAUCCCAUUCGUUACCCGUGGCUUUAGAUGAUUUUGUCUCCAGCGCCCACGAGGCCAGAGUAGACACAUCAUCCAUCUCCCUGUAUUCUUGAGGCAAAUUCCGAUAUCAGUGUAUGUCUUGUACCGCUGCUUGGCCUCAUGC